AAACUAACUAAAUUUACGCUAAUGAAAUCCUUCCCUUUUUUUUCCGUUUCAGCCGAUAUUUUCGACGAGGUUGGCGAUCAAAUAAAAUCGAUUCCUGGUUUGCGCGCCAAAUGUCUCGGUGGUGGUAGAAUAGAGCACGACCCCGACGAGAAGACCAUCAAAGUGUACGGAUACUCUCAGGGUUUCGGAAAGGCAGAUCACGAAGUGUCUGUUUCUCUAUUGAGAACGCAGUAUCCCGAUUAUACUAUCACUUUCUCCGACGAUGGAUAUUAAUGGAGAGGACGAAGAACGUUCCAUCGUGCAUAACGAGAAAUGCAAAUGGAUUAAAUGUAUAAUUUAAUAAAGAGUGUGUGCGAGU